AUGCUUCACAAUGACGUUAUCGAGAAAGUCGAAGGCCGGGCGGAGUGGAUAUCCCUCAUGGUGAUAGUGCCAAAGGGCAAGGACGACGUAAGGAUUUGUAUUAAUAUGAGACAUCCAAAUAAAGCCAUUCAGCGGGAACAUUAUCCGUUGCCUGUAAUCAACACGUUCCUGAAUAAACUUAAGGGAUCGGUGUUUUAUUCUCGGUUGGAUAUAACGUUCGCAUAUCAUCAUGUCGAAUUACAUCCCGAAUCAAGAGGUGUCACAACAUUUAUGUCGGGCAUGGGUUUAAUGCGAUUCAAACGCUUAAUGUUCGGCAUCAAUUGUGUGCCGGAAAUUUUUCAAAGGAUAAUGACGAACAUGCUAUCUGGAAUUGAGGGCGUCAUGGUAUAUAUUGACGACGUCGUUGUAUCCGGCAGAACCCUAGAAGAGCACGAUAGGCGACUUGAACAAGUCCUAGCCGUAUUGGAGAGUAACAAUGCGUUGCUGAAUAAAAGUAAGUGCAUUUUCGGGGUAGAGAAACUUGAGGUCUUGGGUUUCGAAGUGAGUGCUAGUGGUAUAAGUCCAUCGGAAGAGAAAAUAUUGGCUAUCAAAAACUUCCGAGCUCCAUCCUCUAAGGAAGAAGUUCGCAGCUUUCUGGGGCUGGUCAACUUCGUUGGUCAGUUUAUUCCGAGACUAUCUACAAGAACGGAACCCUUGAGGAAGUUUCUUCGGGAUGAAGUAGACUCAUUUGGUGAGGAACAAAUGAAAUCCUUUGAUGAUUUACGCCUCGAAUUGUGCAAUAACGUCAGAAAAUUGGGGUUUUUUGAUCCAAAGGACAUUACCGAGGUUUAUGUUGACGCUUCCCCUGUAGGACUAGGGGCUGUACUAGCCCAAAGAGAUGAGAGUAAUGUCCCGAGGGUUAUAUGUUUCGCUUCGAAGGGGCUGACAUCGGCAGAAAGAGUGUACCCACAAACACAGCGUGAGGCUUUGGCCGUUGUGUGGGCGGUAGAAAAGUUUUAUUUGUACCUUUUCGGCAUUCGAUUCACAAUCUUCACGGAUCAUAAAACUCUAGAGUACAUUUUUGGAGGGAAGCAUCGUGGCGGGAAACGUACAUGCUCAAGAGCGGCAGGCUGGGCUCUUCGUCUUCAGCCGUACGAGUUCGAUAUCAAGUAUAUUCCGGGCUCGAUGAAUAUUUCGGACAUAUUGUCUCGUUUGGUGAUUGAACCUGGUAAACCAUUUGAUGAGACUGCCGAACACUACUUCUUUGCCGUUGGUGAAGGUCCGUUGGCGACUACAUUGGAUGAGAUAAGGCGAGAAACAAUAAAUGACGAAAUAUUAACAUCGGUGAUGAAGGCUUUGGCCAAGCAGUGUUGGUCACCGGAGCUAUGCAGAUUUCAGGCAUUUGAGAAAGAAUUCGGUGUGAUCGACGGCAUUGUGGUGAGAGAUGAUCGGAUUGUUCUACCGACGAUUCUUCGCCAAAGAGCAUUGCAGAUUGCACAUCGCGGUCAUCAUGGUGUGGUUGCGAUGCGUAGAAAUUUGAGGGAGAAGAUUUGGUGGCCCUGUAUGGAUCAGGACGUAGCAGAUGCUGUGCAGGAGUGUGCGGACUGUGCCACAGUAAGCAAGCAACAUCCACCCGAGCCGAUGGUCCGUAAAGAAAUGCCCGAUCGCGCAUGGCAAGAAAUUGGUAUCGACUUUUUCUCUGCGAAGGAAUGUGCUACCUUCCUAGUUAUUGUUGACUAUUACAGCCGGUUUCUGAAGGUUGUGGAAAUGAAGGCUACAAACGCUGCCAAAACAAUCGAGGCUUUGGAAGAUGUUUUCCAUGAGCAAACUUACCCGGAAAUAGUCCGUAGCGAUAACGGUCCACCGUUUGCUAGUGAAGAAUUUGCUGUCUUUUGUGAAAGCAGGAACAGUUGA